CACACACACACACACACACACACACACAUAGACAGACAGACACAGCCAUGAUCCUGACAGGCCGCACUUUGUGUCUUCCUUCGCCAGCCACUGUCCAGGAGCUGUUCUUAGUGGCUCGAGACGCAAGCAUCAUCCCAGAUAUCUCAUUGGAUCCUGUCCUCACCACCUUCCUGUCGCUGGAGUCCACAGCAGCACUACAGCAUCAAUAUGCUUUCUUACAGCGGAGCAUGAGCACUGUGCAGCAGACCGCAUUUAAUCUCAGUCUGACUGGAGAGCUGGGAGGCAGGAGGGUCACCUGUGGAGGAGUGGGGGUUAUUGCUCUGGCUCUGUCUGUGCUUUUUGAGCAAAUUUCAUUACAAGUCCGAGGAUCAACGGAAGGGGGGCUAUCAAUGCAGAGAUCCCAGUCUAAGAAGAUUUUUGGAAUCAGCAGUACUUCAAGAAUCGGCUGGAUUGUCCAAGAGUACCUCUGCUUGGUCCCCGGCAUUGCCAACAACCAAGAGAAGAUGGCUGAGACCACAGAGCUCUAUGACAACUGGCUGAAACGGGAGCUGCUUGACCAUUUUGAAAGGAUGACCACUAAGAAGAGGAUGAGUUCAGCGGCUAUGCAGCAGUGGCUGACAGGGGCUGCGGUUCAUCUGCACAUGAGAAUCCACCAGGUUCGGCUUCGCUCUGUGCCGUUUGGGUCAGUUGAGUCACUUCGUCUCUCUUACAAGUCAAGUUUAGGUCGCCUGGUUCAGGACUACGCAGCCUACCUUCGCAGACAGGUUCAGGAAACCGGAGCUCCAAGACCACGGAAACCCAAAACCAAGACCAAGGUUGGACCAAGACAAACUACAGCUAAUAUAUCAAGCCUAACCAAUAGGUCCUGCUCAGGUCAUCGCCUCUUUAAUGUUAGCCUAGUCAGUCCAAGUAACUUAACUGAAAGUUUUAAUGAGACUACCACACCCAAUUCAACAGCUGAAAUGAGCAGAAUUUGUAAAACAGGAGGAUCCAAUGAAGACUCUGGACUUAAUGUGCCGGAAGGACAUGAUAAAACCACUGUAGGUAUGAUAAGCAGAAAUACACUCAACUCUACUGCAUAUAGCAGAGAUAAGGGAGCUGGCAUGUUGGGUUUGUUGGUCAUUGAGCCUUCGAGGAAUGUGAGUCACAACGUGCAGCAUCACCCCUGUGAAUCUCCAGCCAUACAACAAGCUUUGGUGUCUCGUAUUAUUAAUGCCCAGGACCUGGACCGGAACAGGAACUUUUUCCUGUAUCCCGAGAAAGGCAUCCACAAUCUGCUGGGGCAGAAGGAUGACUUUGAGCUGAAGACAAUUUAAGACAUAAGUGAAUAAUGUGCAACUAAAUCUUCAGACCCACAAUUUCAUCAAACAUUGUGCUGUUUGACAAAUGACCAUGUGCCCCCUCACAUUCUCUGUCAACCAUUAUGAAAGGGUGUCACAUAAAAUACACAAAUAUGAAAGGGUAUGAUGACCAGUAUCCUAACACUUAAACCAGGAGUGUAAAACUCAUUUUAUUGUAAGGGCCACAUUCAUCUCAAGUGGGCGGAACCAGUAAAACUAUUAUAAUAACCUAUAAUAAUAUUUAAUAUAUAUUAUGAAUAUAUUAAUAUAUCUAUAUUAUAAUUGUAAUAAACCAUAUUUUUACAAAGCAGCCUGUGAUGAAAAAUGUGAGCAUUUCAACAAUCUUAGCCUUCAAAAGUGCAUCAAUAUUAGUUGUCAAAUCCUGAGCAGUUGCCAGUUUCAGAUUGUAAUGCAGGUGCUUCUGUGUGAACCUGGAACUCAGUUUUGUUUUUUUGAUGUGCAUCACAGAAAAAACUUGUUCACAAUAGAUAAGUAGAUACAUUUUUGCAGCCAGGGCUGCCAAUUUGUUGUUACCUUGGUGAGAGAUACUGAUCAAAUGUUUCCACGGAGGCAAAUGUGUCUUUCAAAUCUGAAUCACACUGCAGGUCAGUUAUCCCAAGUUGGAUGUUCUUGACUGUGAAUGGCGAGCGAACAUUAGUGAAAAUAGCAGUGUAUUUUAUUAAAGAAUUGGAAUUACUUUUCUAUCAUUUUCAUUCUUUGCAAAGUUGUCCUCACAGUUAAUCAGGGUAUUCAUUAACAUUAGCUGCUUAACAACAUUCGUUGAAGUUAUUCCUGUUGUUACACUUUAUGACCAGCAGAGGUCUGUCUUUCUUUUACAAAAAAUGUCUGCUUUCAACAGUGUAUGUGUGUGGGUUUUUUUUUGUUCCUUCAAUUUGAUGAUUCACCAGAAUAAAUGUUCAAAGACUAAUGACAUCAAAA